AUGGGUGUGCCUCAGCGGCCGACCAGCGCCUCUGCGAAGUGUUAUCCCGAGGUGGACCUGGGCUCUCCGGGCGCCUGCUCCCCCGUCUGGCAUCAGCAACGCCCGACCACCAUCGUCAUCCGGAGCCCGCGGGUCGGUCCGGCCCGUCCGCCGCCGCCCACCGCAGCCGCUCGACCAAAAAGGGCCAAGCCGCUCUGGCGCCGCCUGAUCUCUCGAGGCGGGCUGCGACUGCAGCUGCGGCUGGCUUGGGCGCUGGUCGUGCUGUUGUGCGUGUCGCUGCUGCUCGCGCAGGUCGCCGACCGCGUCCACACGCUGCGCCACCCGCCCAUUUCGACCGAGAGCCGCAGGGUGUACAACGGGAGCAUGCACUACCCGGCCGUCACCAUCUGCCACAUGGAGGGCUUCAAGCAGUCGGUGGCGGGCCGUUACCAGCAGCGGUGGAACCGCAACGCCGGCACUUUUCAGACGCGCUGGAAGUUGUUCCCGUGGACCAACGUAAGUCUGGAGCGGUUUUGGACCGAGGCCACCUACAGUCCGCGGGAAACCAUCACCGCCUGCCAGCUGGGUGACCGACGCACGGACGGCUACUGCCCGGUGACCGCCGGUCUGUCCGGCGGCAAGCACGCCUUCAGUGUCAGCUGGCGCCUGCAGGCGUUGUCGGGUGCCUGCACGACGCUGCGACCCCGCGCCGACCUGCAGCCGCCGCCGGGCCGCGACUGCGGCAUCAGGCUCUACCUGAGUAGCCGACCUGACGAGUACAGCGAGCCGAGCCUGGGCGUCGGCUGGACGCUGACCGUACACGACCCGCGCUACGAGUGGUCCGACCUCUCCAGCGGCUGGUACGACUCCCUCAGCGUGCUGAGCGGCGAGAAGGUGCAGGCUAAGCUGGAGGCGAGCUUCCUCUCGUCGGUGGACCAGAGCACCGACCCGUGCGCCACCGCUGACGGCUACAACAUGGCGGACUGCUACCAGGGCUGCGUGGCACACCAGCUGGAGACGCGCUACGGCUGCCGGCCGCCGUGGGUGAACGGCUCGCGCCCGCUCUGCGACAACGCCGCCCAGUUCGAGCCGCUGCUGCACAGCGUCGCGGCUCGCGACAGCUCGCAGUUCGGUCAAUGUCGCGAGCGCUGCAUCCGCCCUUGCGACAACAACUUCUUCUCGCUGUACGUCAUGUCGAUCAGCACCAUGGACGAGCUGCAGCGCAACAACAUCAGCCAGGUGGAGAUAUACUACCCGACGGGACUGACGGCGCAGGCCGUCCAGCGACACGCCUACGGCGGCGUCCAGUUCAUGGCGGACGUGGGCGGCCUGCUCGGCCUCCUGCUGGGCAUCUCGGUGCUCUCGGCCGUCCAGGUGCUCCAGGACGGCUGUCUCUGGGUGGCCCGGCGCUACUGGCGCCUCGAGGAGCACUGUGAGCACGAGGAGGGCGAGCUGGCCGGCGUCGAGCUGGCUGACGCGCCGUGA